AUGUGUGAGCAGAUGGUAACGUAUUUCAAGGAUCAGUUACCAAAGAAAGACGCCGCUGAGGUGAGAUGGUCACACGGAGUGAACAGCAGGGGCAAACUGAACGUGGCUAUUCAAGGGCCUACACAUAUGAUUGAGGCUGACAUCAUCGUAAGAGGUCAUGACCCCAAGGAGCCAAUCAUGGGCCACCCACCUGACACUGACAGUGACAUCACACUGAAAGAGUGGCUUGAAGUUGUGAAGAUGCAUGACAAGGGAAUCAAACUAGAUUUCAAGAGCCUGGAGGCUUUGUCUCUUUCUGUGGCCUUAUUGCAAGAAGCGCUGGCUCAGAUGACCAUUCCGGUGUGGAUCAACGCUGAUGUCCUUACAGGACCUGGAAAUCGGGGAGCACCACUGGACCCACAAGCUUUCCUGGCUGCUGUCAGGACUCUUCCCACUAAUGUUGUUCUUUCCCUCGGUUGGACAACGCAGUGGACUGCAGGGACUGAUAACCCAGGUUACAGUUGGGAAAUGGUGCACGAGAUGGAGGACAUAUGUCGAGGGCUGGAACAUCUUAUCACCUUCCCAGUACGGGCGGCCCUUUUGGCCCAGUCUGUCUCUGAGCUCACAUGGCUGCUGCAACAGUCAGACAGGUAUUCUCUAACAGUAUGGACCGGCAAGAAUGACAAAUUCCAAGUACAGGACCUGCUGCCUUACAGAACAUGUAUUGAUAUCACCAGGAUCUGCUAUGACUUACCAGAAGCGCAAAGGUCAAUGCUGACAAAAGAUUUUAAAAAAUGA